AGCACACAACAUUUAAAAUCCCAAAUUCUUAUACUUUCCUUCACUUACUGGGAUUCAAUGGACCUCUUCUCAAGUAUCUUGCAAUCAUCACAUACCUUAAAAUCCCGACUUCAAAUCCUUCACAACUUCACUUCCAAUCCAACCUACUUUUUAUAUUUUCCCUUGUCCUCCAUUUUCCAUUUCUUCAACAGAACCUUGAAGCCAGGUCCCAAACCCCACAAAGCGCUGGAUCUUCCCCCUCCCGUUCCAAUCUGGGGAAGGAAAUUCAUAAUUAACAAACUAGUCAAAUUCCUCCAUUUCCUUGCUCUUUCCUCUGUACGAAAUCUCAACUAAUAAUUAUUAUCUUAAUAAAAAAAUAAAAAAAAUUCACCCAAAUCCACGUCCCCACUGAAGAAAAUGCUGAAAAAACUGGGCAGACGGGUCAAACGACUUAAAACCUUAGUCACCAAGUCCUUCAAAAAACCUCGCGAACGCCAAUCUUAUAAAUCCCCCUCGCCAAGUCCCUCUCCAUCACCGCCGCCUGCUUCGCCUCCUCCAGCUUCAACCAUGACUCCCCAGUCCCACCCCAGGCCUUCAACUUUUCCUUUUCUCUUCCCUAAAGCCCAAUCCUCUGUCCUCCCUGAUCCUUCUCUCUUCUAUUCUCCUUCCCUCCUCUCCUCCCCAUUGCCCACAAACUCUUUCUUUCAGAACUUUGCCCUUAAAAAUGGUGACCAACCUGAAUAUAUCCACCCUUAUCUUAUCAAAUCUUCUGACUCUUCCCUUUCUAUCUCUUACCCAUCUAUUUUUCGUAAUUCAGCUUUCACGUACCAGAUUUUUGUUCCUGAUCUCACCAUCUCUGCAUCAAAUAAAACUUACCCAGGUUCACAAAAAAGUCAUAUCAUCUCUUCUUAUAGUGAUCUCAGUGUCACUUUGGAUAUACCCUUUUCAAAUUUUCGUUUUUUUCUUGUCAGAGGAAGCCCCUUUUUGACAUGUUCUAUAACUGGCAAUACAGCAAUUUCUAUAUCAACAAUCCACGCCAUUCUUUCAUUCUCUUCGAAUAAUUCAUUCACCAAGUACACCGUUACGCUUAAUAACGGUCAAACAUGGCUUAUAUAUUCCUCUUCGCAGAUAAAUUUGAGUCAUAGCCUUUCUUCCAUUACUUCUGAUGGGUUUUCCGGCAUGAUAAGGGUUGCAAUAUUGCCGGUUUGUGACCCAAAAUAUGAAGCAAUUCUUGAUCGGUUCAGUUCUUGCUAUGCGGUAUCAGGUGAUGCAGUCUUCACUAAACCAUUUUGUUUAGAGUAUAAAUGGGAAAAGAAAGGGUGGGGGGAUUUGCUUAUGCUUGCACAUCCCUUACAUGUCAAGCUUUUAUCGGAUGAAAACGUUAUUGUUUUAAAUGAUUUUAAGUAUAAAAGUAUUGAUGGUGAUCUUGUUGGUGUUGUUGGAGAUUCCUGGGUGUUGAAAUCUGAUCCUAUUUCAGUAACUUGGCAUUCAAUCAAGGGAAUCAAAGAGGAAUCAUGUGCUGAAAUUGUGUCUGCACUUUGUAAGGAUGUUGAGGGUUUGAAUGCAUCAGCUAUAACAACAACGUCAUCUUAUUUUUAUGGGAAAUUGGUUGCAAGAGCAGCAAGGUUGGCUUUGAUAGCUGAGGAGGUGGGUUUUCUUGAUGUGAUUCCGGUGAUAAGGAAGUACUUGAAGGAAACAAUUGAGCCAUGGUUGGAGGGUACAUUUGGUGCCAAUGGUUUUCUGUAUGAUGAUAAGUGGGGUGGAAUUGUCACCAAACAAGGUUCGAGUGAUUCUGGUGCAGAUUUUGGAUUUGGAGUUUAUAAUGAUCACCAUUAUCAUAUAGGCUACUUUCUUUAUGGCAUUGCUGUUCUUGCAAAAUUUGACCCAUUGUGGGGGAGGAAGUAUAGGCCACAAGCUUAUACUCUUAUGGCUGAUUUUAUGAACUUGGGCAGGCGGUCAAAUUCAUAUUAUCCACGUUUGAGGUGCUUUGAUUUGUAUAAAUUACACUCUUGGGCUGGAGGCCUAACUGAAUUUGCCGAUGGACGGAACCAGGAGAGCACAAGUGAGGCAGUGAAUGCAUACUAUUCAGCAGCUUUGAUGGGAUUAGCCUAUGGAGACACCCAUCUCGUGGCCAUUGGAUCAAUGCUUACUGCAAUGGAGAUUCAUGCAGCACAAACAUGGUGGCAUGUUAGAGAGGGUGAUAAUUUGUACGAGGAAGAUUUCACUAGAGAGAAUAGGGUGCUGGGUGUUUUGUGGGCUAACAAGAGGGAUAGUGGGCUUUGGUUUGCACCUGCUGAAUGGAGAGAGUGUAGGCUUGGAAUUCAAUUAUUGCCCUUGUUGCCUAUCAGUGAGGCUUUGUUUUCUGAUGUGAGCUUUGUGAGGGAGCUUGUGAAUUGGACAUUACCAGCUUUAGGAAGAGAAGGAGUGGGAGAAGGGUGGAAAGGAUUUGUCUAUGCCUUGGAAGCAAUCUAUGACAAAGAAAGUGCCUUGAUGAAGAUCAGAAACUUGAAUGGUCAUGAUGAUGGCAACUCACUUUCUAAUCUUUUAUGGUGGAUUUACAGCAGGGGUUAUGAGGAUGAAGAAUGGUGUGAAGGAGGAGGAAAAUUCUGCUGGUUUGGUCACUAUUGUCACUGAAUUUGUUUCCUUAUAAUUGAUAUAGGAUUGAAUAAGAAAUGAAGUCAACAAUCAGAGAACCUAGAGUGGAAACUACUAUUUUUUAGGGGUAAUGUAUGCUUUUAUGAUUGUUCCUUUCUGUGAAUUUUUCUUAUGUUCUUUUUUAUAGCGAAUGUCUAUACGACUAUCAAAGAUGAAAUGGAGAUAUGAAUUCUCUGAUUUGCAUUAGCUUUAUUAUUGUAUGGCAAUUUUAUAAAUAAAUAUUGAGCUGCUUAAGAGCAGAGCCACUGCUCUUAGAGCUUCGGGCUAAA